CUAGGAUUAAGCUACACGUCGUGCGUAAAAACGGUCAUAGGAUAAUGUUACAGAUUUAUAACUCUUCAGUGCGUUAGUGGUGGAAGUGUGAAAGGGGAAGAGGACUCGUAAACACACACACACACACACACACACACGAUGGAAGUUGAAGCACUGGUGAUCCUGUGACGCCUCUAAACGCAGCACUUACAGAAGGACAGAAGAUGGAGAACAGUGGCUUCUAUAAUGAUAACUACAACAGUGGAAGCAGUGAUGAUGACCUGGUUGACCUCAGUGGCACUGCUCAGGAUCUCCUCGAAGAUCUGCCAUACGACGAGUGGGACCACAACUCGGGCUACAGUGCAGGAGGAGGCCGUGGACACAAUGGCACUGUUAAGCUGCUGGAUCUGUUAGACGAUGGGUUGCAUGCAGUGGGAACAUACGAUGAUUUCAACACCAUCGACUGGGUGAGGGAGAAAUCCAAGGACCGAGAUCGUCACAGAGAGAUCAACAAGAAGAAAAGGCAGUCUGUACUGGAUCUCCUCUUGAGUGUGAGUGAUGCUUUCUCUGGCUGGCUCCUCAUGCUCCUCAUCGGCCUCACAUCUGGAGCACUAGCUGGAGGCAUAGACAUCACAGCUCAUUGGCUAACAGACCUGAAAGAGGGAGUGUGUCUGAACGGCUUCUGGUUCAACCACGAGCACUGCUGCUGGAACUCCAAAGAGACCACCUUCCAGGAGAGAGACAAGUGUCCACACUGGAAGAGCUGGGCCGAGCUCACGGUGGGAGUCAGUAAGGGGGCGAGUGCCUAUGUGGUGAACUAUCUGCUGUAUGUGACCUGGGCUCUGCUUUUCUCAUACCUGGCUGUGGUUCUCGUCAGAGCCUUCGCCCCUUAUGCCUGCGGCUCAGGAAUCCCUGAGAUAAAGACCAUCCUAAGUGGGUUUAUAAUCCGGGGCUACUUAGGAAAAUGGACUCUAGUGAUAAAAACGAUCACACUCGUGCUGGCCGUGUCUUCAGGCCUCAGUCUAGGGAAAGAAGGUCCUCUAGUGCAUGUGGCCUGCUGCUGUGGAAACAUCCUCUGCCAUCUUUUCACCAAGUACCGCAAGAACGAGGCCAAGAGGAGGGAGGUUUUGUCAGCAGCCUCCGCUGUGGGUGUGUCUGUAGCGUUCGGAGCUCCUAUAGGAGGAGUUCUCUUCAGUCUGGAAGAGGUCAGCUACUACUUCCCCUUGAAGACAAUGUGGCGUUCGUUUUUCGCUGCUCUGGUAGCCGCCUUCACUCUACGCUCCAUCAAUCCCUUUGGCAACAGCCAACUCGUCCUCUUCCAUGUAGAGUUCCACACCCCAUGGCACCUUCUGGAGCUCUUCCCUUUUGUUUUGCUUGGUAUUUUCGGUGGUCUAUGGGGGGCAUUUUUCAUCCGUGCAAACAUUACCUGGUGUAGAUGGAGGAAGAACACACGCCUGGGCCACUACCCUGUGUUAGAGGUGGUGCUGGUGGCUCUGGCUACAGCAAUGUUGGCUUUUCCAAAUGACUUCACACGUAUGAGCGGCAGCCAUCUCAUCUCCGAGCUGUUCAACGACUGCAGCCUGCUCGACUCAUCCCAGCUGUGCGACUACACCUCGCAAGUGCCUCGUGGAGCAGUGAACACCAACUUAAGUCAUGCUGCUAACUUCAGCAGCGGCCUGUCUGAAAGAGCUGCCGGGCCUGGAGUGUACACCGCCAUCUGGCAGCUGGCGCUAGCACUUGUCUUUAAGACGCUGAUUACUGUGGUUACGUUUGGCAUGAAGGUGCCCUCUGGUCUGUUUAUUCCCAGCAUGGCGGUGGGGGCGAUAGCAGGCAGACUGCUGGGCAUCGGCAUGGAGCAGCUGGUAUUCUACAACCACGACUGGUCCAUCUUGAGAGGCUGUCCAUCCAGCGCCAAAUGCAUCACUCCAGGCCUCUACGCCAUGCUUGGGGCAGCAGCAUGUCUGGGUGGUGUAACUCGGAUGACUGUGUCUCUGGUGGUCAUCAUGUUUGAGUUGACUGGAGGACUGGAGUACAUCGUGCCCCUUAUGGCAGCCACUAUGACCAGUAAGUGGGUGGCGGACGCACUGGGCAGAGAGGGCAUCUAUGAGGCGCACAUCCGGCUGAACGGCUACCCUUUCCUCGAGCCCAAGGAGGAGUUUAAGCACAAGACCCUGGCCAUGGAUGUAAUGCGUCCACAGCGCGCUGAUCCUCCACUUUCUGUCCUCAUGCAGAGUGGCAUGAGCGUGGACCAAGUGGAGGCCGUGAUCGCGGAUACAUCAUACAGCGGUUUCCCUGUAGUCGUCUCCCAGGAGACUCAAAGGCUGGUGGGUUUUGUGCUGCGGAGGGACCUGGUUAUAUCAAUAGAUAAUGCAAGGCGCAUCCAGGAGGGCAUUGUGGGAGCAUCACAGGUCCUCUUUACAGAACAUACUCCAGCUCAGCCUUGCGAUGGUCCUCCUUCCCUCAGACUACGCAGUAUCAUGGACCUCAGUCCACUAGCCAUCACUGACCACACGCCCAUGGACAUCACAGUGGACAUCUUCCGUAAGCUCGGCCUACGCCAGUGCCUCGUCACACAGAAUGGGCGUUUGUUGGGGAUUAUCACUAAGAAGGACAUUUUGAAGCACAUGGCCCAGAUGACAAACAGAGACCCUGAGUCCAUCCUUUUCAACUGAAAAUAUUGUCCACAGACAUUAAAACCCAUUCCAUACAUGGACACACACUCCAGAUUGGAUCACCACAAUUACCUUUGGGAAAGAGGGAGUGUGUGUGUGUGUGUGUGUGGGUGGGUGCGUGUGUGAGAGAUUUUUUUUGAGUGAAUGACCUGAGGAUUUGGCGUAGUUGGUGAAGCAGAGUGGGAUGACAUGCCUGUACGGGAAGUCCUGUCUUCUGGAGGAUCUGACUCUAUAUAGCUUCCCCUGAAGCUGUCACACACUGCAAUGCUGAGUAACACACACACACACACACACACACACACACCACUGAUCCACAUCUUCUUCAAAAGACUGUCACAAGAAAUUCCUGUGAACACUUUGCCUUUUUUUAAUCCUGUAUAUCUCAUCCCUGGAUUCUCUUUCAGGGAAGUCAUGGCAGAUGAAGGGCAUUUUGGGAAUGUCAGGCAUUUGGUUGCACUCUUCUCUCACUCACUCUCGCUGACAUGCUUGAACUUGCCUAGGUCAGAUAAUCGCUGUGGGAAGUAGAUGAGAGAUGAGUCGAGAGCGUAUCAUGUUAAAAAGUCACACACUCUGUCUUCCUCACACUCAGCCGGCCUGUCAGACGCUCAUGCAGACAAAAGACAGCGUUGUGUUAGCGCAUGGCGGAAUUGAAGUGUUAAUUUAAAAUGUCAGCACCUGAAUGUUUAACGUGCGAACGUGACUUGAACGUCAACAGCUUUUAGAAAUGUUGAAGGGAAUUAUUUAAGCCACUGUGGUCAACUUGUAUGUUUACAUCAUUCAUAAAGAUAUAUGGAUGAGAGAUUCUAGAAUCUAGAAUAAAUUCUAUAAAUAAAUUCUACAAUCUAGCAUCCAUUUGGGGUUUUUCUGCCAUUUGUUUCAGAUUAUUUUACAUAGUUGGUCAAUUUUUCUAAAACAGAUUAACAUUUUCCCGAAUCGGUACAUGCUUUAGAUCACUCGUGAAAUUUUCUGGAGUAUUCUGGAGAACAUUCAUUGCACUGCAGUGGGUUACUCCAACUGAUCAGCCACAGAAUACCCAUAAUGCAUUUCUGUUUUUUUCUUUUUUUUUUUUUACCGACACAACUUUAGACAUACAGUUCCUGUGUGUUGUCUUUCCCAGCCCGGGCCAGUAGAGGUCACUGUCUCUCACUAACUCUCAUGGCUACACUGUGAUUAUUCUGAUCCUUUUUUGUCCAGCUCUUCUCCUCCUCUCUUUACCUCCCUAAUGCAAGGACAUGUGAGAGGUCAUGUCACCGUCUCACUCCAGAGAACUGCAGUCUGAGAGAGUUAAAGUUUCUCCUCCUGUGCUGCGCUCCCAGCACGAUGGUCUCGUCUUGGGUGUGUCCAUCAUCCGUCCUCUGUUUAUCUUGCUGGCUUUCAUUAUGACCCUGGACAACCUCGACUAAGCGUCAUGUCUUUCAGUUCCAUCCUUUUGUUUUAGCAGCUGUGAUAAUUCAAUAAUGACAUAAGAGGAGGAUCAGGCGGAGCGCACAGGCGGAGUGCUGGAGAGCUCCCUGACAAUUAUUUACUCUACUCCCCGUCUUCGGCACGCUCACUCUACUUCUAUUGUACUCGGAGGAUUAUCUACCUUAACACAAUGUUAAAAGCAUGUAAGUCCUUUCAGAUACACUGUGAGGCCUCUCUCUCGUGCACUUGCUUACUUUCCCUAAAAUUCCCGCGAGCAGGAGUGAGGGCGCAGAGGUCGAAGGAGCUAUUGUUCCUGCUCAUGCUCGUCUGGGCUAGUGGUCGCCAGGAUGUUCCCCGACGGCGUUUCCCCGCUGCCCGGCCCUCUUCCACUCUUAGAGAGCCAAUUUCCGUACAACAACAGCCAAUUCUGCUUUAUUGUAUUAUAAUAAAGGCGAGGAAAGAAACGAUCUCUGCCUCCGCUGAUUGAAAGUAGAUGUUUGUAUAUGUGCAUGCAAGGAGCACAGGAACGAGGGAUUAAUCUUUUCUUUAAUGACCCCCUGAGAAAACAAGGCGAGUGUUGCUGGGAGAGGCUGGAGGGAAGGUUAAUUAAACAGCGGGGCUGGGUCACAUUCACAAAGGUCCCUUUUUUGUGGCAUGAGGGUUAUGAGAGAGAGAGAGAGAGACGGAGAGAUAUUUGGCUAGAAGGAGGCUUGCUUGUUGCUGCCGGGUUACUGAGCUCUCUGCUGUAAUCCAUCCCUUGAUUGGCUUUAAGGGCUCAGUCCAGGGCUGAAUGAAAUGUCAUCUAGAGCAGGACAUGCCACAGACUGAGGCCACAUACCCCCUUCUCCUUCUCCCUCUCUGUGUUUCUUAUCUGCAGAAAUCCACACACCACCCUGUAGAAGAAUGUUCAAGUUAGUGCUUUAUCCAGCUGCAGUAUAACAAAUGUGCCAUUCAAACCCCGGAAGAUAAACAAACAAAAAAAAAAAGCAUGCAGCUAAACGCUGUUUGUAAGGCGCCUGUUUUCGCUUACAGAGCAGUCGAGUCAUGGCAAAUGAAUUGUUGUAGCAAGCACAAGAUUUUGUCACAAGCCCAAGUCUUGUGUGUUGUGUCCCAAACGCAGAAGAUGCAGACACUAGAGCGAAUACACAGUUGGAUACACCUCUCAGAGUUACUGGACCAUCAGUAGGUUUGUUUCAUCCGUGCACACAGCUGAACACAACCUGCUUCCCAUCACAGAACUAAUACUGUUUCAGCUUAAAGCAGAGUGAGACCUCACAGUAAUCACUGUAGAAUUAUUCUGGGAAAAUUGGACCAAAAAAGGUUUUGAAGGUCAAUAAUAAUGCAUUCUUUAACACAAAAUGAAUUUGUUACUUUAUUUAUUUUGUAAAAUGCUGAAUCUGCACUUUGGAAUUUGUGUUUAAAAAAGGCUGUUUUUGUGGAAACUUGUUUGAAUAAAUAUGAAGCAUUAUAA